AAAACAAAAAGAAGUAAAGAUUGACAAUAUUAUUACACAAUAUUUAAAUACAUCAUUAGAUAUGCAAGGGGUUUUCUGUCCUAUUAUGUCUCAACCACAGGCUUCUAUGAGCAAUAGUUCUUUACAACUUAAUACGACCACUAUUGCACUACUAUCUGAUAACACAGAAGAAAUUCGCUUUAAUGCAAUAGCCCAAAAAAAAGUAGCUAAAACUUGA